AUGGGCCUCGUAGAAGACGAAGUUCAGCGAUUACGCGACAUUGUCAAUGGCUUCGAGUCGCGUAUCAAGAAGCUUGAGGAGAAGGCCCUUCUCGGCGGAACCGAGUCGCCCAAGACGACCGAGGAGAUUCGAAUGAUUCUUAUCGGUCCUCCCGGAGCUGGCAAGGGUACGCAAGCUCCCAAGAUCAAGGAGAAGUUCAACUGCUGCCACUUGGCCACUGGCGACAUGUUGCGAUCCCAGGUUGCCAAGAAGACUCCUCUUGGUAUCGAGGCGAAGAAGAUCAUGGAUGCGGGUGGUCUCGUCAGCGACGACAUCGUCAUCGGCAUGAUCAAGCAGGAGCUCGAGACGAAUAAGGAGUGCCAGGGAGGAUUCAUCCUCGACGGCUUCCCCCGUACCGUGCCCCAAGCCGAGGGCCUCGACUCCAUGCUCAAGGCCCGCAACCAAAAGCUCCAACACGCCGUCGAGCUCCAAAUCGACGACUCCCUCCUCGUCGCCCGCAUCACCGGCCGCCUCAUCCACCCUGCGUCCGGCCGCUCCUACCACACCACCUUCAACCCCCCCAAGGAGUACAUGAAGGACGACAUCACCGGCGAGGCCCUCGUCCAGCGCAGCGACGACAACGCCGACGCCCUCAAGAAGAGGCUGGUCACCUACCACAAGCAGACUACCCCCGUCGUGGAAUACUACCAGAAGACGGGUAUCUGGAGCGGUAUCGAUGCCUCGCAGCAGCCCGGGCAGGUGUGGAAGAAUAUGCUUGCUAUUCUCGAGAAGAAGAGGAGUAACUAA